AUGAAAGAGUCACUAACUUCAUCCAAUAUCCUUAAUAUUUGUUAUCAAAUUGAAGAUUCUAUGACUAAAUGUUGGGAAGCACCUUUAAUAGAGGCUUACAUUGCUUCUUACCUAGAUCUUCGAUUCAAAAAACAAACUGAAAUGGAUCAAUUUUUCGACAGUGAUAAUCAAUCUGAUUAUCUAUUAGAUAAUGAAUUAGAACG